AUGACCCAUCCAACCGAUUGUCUUCCUGGCAAGAAAGCAUCAAACAUCGAAAUUGCUGCGAUUGGCAUAGAAUCAGAUGUUCAGACGAGUCUCUUCAUGUGGUCUCCAUCGAUCUCCGAAAAACCAAGCUUGAAGAUUAUAUCAAUGAAUUUAGUUACAGAGAUGGCGAUCCACCAACUUCUGCACUGCAAGUUAGGUGAAUGUAAUCUGCAAGGUUCAAUUCCUUAUCUUCCUCAAGUUAGAGAGCUUUAUGUGAGUGAUAACCAUGAUCUUCACACAGAUCUAACAAAGAUGUUUGAACAUCGCUGGCCUAAACUGCAAAUACUUGAUAUAUCCGCUACUGAAAUGACGGGACCAAUUCCAAGCUCAAUUUCUAAUGCACCGCAAUUAGUCUCUCUUUCUGCCUCAUGGUGUUCAAUUCAAGGAUCUUUACCUUCUUCAAUCUAUUAUCUUUCUCGGCUGCAGCAUGUCGACCUUUACGACAACAAAAUAACAAGUUAUAUCCAUUCUUCGAUCUCGAAUCUCAAAGAACUAAACUAUCUCGAUUUGUCAUUCAAUAAUUUCCAAGCACCUAUACCAGAUUCAAUUUGCGAGCUUUCUCCUCUCCAACACCUUUAUUUAGGGAGUAAUAAUGUUACAGGAACCAUACCUAGUUGCAUCACAAAGCUCCAACACCUUAGUUCCUUUGAUGUUUCUGAAAACUCAAUCACAGGAACAGUUUCGCUGAUUUCUUUGAUCAAUGAGCUAAGCCUAACUACCUUAGACCUGAGUUCUAACAAUUUAACUGUGGUUACAGAUCAGCACCUAUAUCCAUCUAAAUUUAAACUAAGGAGUUUAAGGCUAGAAUCACUGAAUAUGCAAGGAUUUAUCCCUACUUCCAUUUGUAACUUGACUCGUUUGAAGUAUUUGGGUCUGUCUUCUAAUAACCUCACAGGAGCAAUCCCUUCUUGCAUCUCUAAACUCAAAAAUCUCAAUAUCUUAGAUUUGUCUAAGAACAGGCUUUCUGGUCAUCUGCCUCCUGUACCUCCAAGUGUCAAUAAUCUUUAUUUAUCAAAUAACAAACUAUCAGGUUCCCUUCCUUCUUCGAUAUGUUCGCAAAAACCAAGAAACACUAAAUGGGAUCUCAUAAUUCCUAUUCUUAUUUUUCAAGAUGAUCUCAUAAUUAACCUCUCCCACAAUAAAUUAUCUGGCAUCAUACCUUAUAGUAUAGGGUACUGCACAAAUCUUAUUAUUCUAGACAUCAGCAACAACAAUGUUACUGGAAAUGUUCCAAAUGAGCUUCAACACACAAAUCUGGUAUACCUUGCAUUAAGUGACAACAAUCUCAGUGGUCCAUCUCCAGUGUUGAUCCAAAGUUUGUUGUCUUUGAGAGUUCUCAACUUACGAAACAACAAAUUUGAAGGGAAUAUACCCGUUGGUCUUGGUUCACUCGAACGCCUUGCGAUUCUCUCUUUGAGGUCAAACAGAUUUAAUGGGUCCAUUCCGAAAGACAUCAUCCAUUUGCAAGAACUUCGAAUACUAGACUUAUCGUUAAACAAUUUCUCGGGUCCAAUUCCAUUAAAACUAGGAAACUUGACGACCCUAACAAGUAAACUUUUUACAAGCACUGAUGGGAUCACUGUGCCAUUGUCGUUGGAUUUAUAUCAAAGUUACACUAUGCAAUAUCAAGUGUCUAUCAAAGGCAGCAUGGCCCAAUUUGAGGUGUCCGAUAUAUAUAGUUUAGGAAUCGAUUUAUCGUGUAACUUUCUUACCGGAAACAUUCCAGAAGAGAUAGGGUUACUACAAGGACUUGCUAUGCUUAAUGUGUCCUAUAAUUUAUUCCCUGGCAGUAUCCCAGCUAGUGUAGGAAAUAUGUCUAGUUUGGAGUCUUUGGAUCUAAGCUCCAAUAGAUUGUCUGGACAUAUCCCACGAUCUUUGACAGCAAUCGACACUCUAGGAUAUAUAAGCUUUUCUCGUAAUAAUUUGAGCGGCAGGAUUCCAAGAGGAAAUCAUUUUGAUACGCUGAGUGUGAAUGGUUCUGCUUUUUCUGGGAAUGAUUUAUUGUGUGGAUUUCCUUUGGAGAAAGUUUGUGAUGUUGACAGUGACGUUGAUACUGGUGAUACUUGUCCUUCAAGUAAAGUUGAGGAAGACGAUCAAGACGAUGGAAAAGAGAAGUUAUUGUUAUAUGCUAUUGUUGCCAUGGGGUUUGCAGUUGGAUUUUGGGGUUUGCUCUUAGUCUUGCUUCUAAAGAAACAGAAAUGGUGGUUUCCGUAUUGGAGAUAUACUGAUUCACUUGCAGUUGAAAUAGUAGAAGCGUUCAUUGGCAAAUAUUAA